AGCAACAGCAUUCGACCCAUGGAAACGAAGAUGACGCUGCGCUUAGUCAGCAUAUUAUCGGCGGCACUGCUUUUCCUCUGGCCCGCACAGCUGGAUGCAUUUAUCACACCGAAUACAGGUUGCCAUCACAAUGGCACCUGGUUUGCCGACAAAUCGGUGGUGCCCAGCAUGGAGAAAUGCCUCAGCUGCCAGUGCAAUCGCAAGACGCUCGUCUGCCGGCUGAAGGUGUGCCCCGAAAUGCCCAUGCCGCCGCCCCGGGGCUGUGUGGUGGUCCAAAGGAAGAGCAGCUGCUGUCCAUACCUGUCCUGUGCCCGAUUGGAUGCCUUCUACAAGAUACCCACCAAGCGGCGCAUCAUCGCCUACCUGGACCACUACGAGCGGGAGUCCAUUGAUCGUGUGGUCAAUGACAAUAUGCUGCAAAGGCGCUCCGAUGACUCCGAUACGGAUUUGUUUGUUUGCGUUAAGAAUGGAACUGUGUACAAGUCCGGCUCUGCCAUGUCCUCAUCCAACCUGUGCAGCUACUGCUAUUGCAUAGGUGGCACAGAGAAAUGCGUCAAGCCCAAGUGCAUGCUGCCGCUGGACGGCUGCAAGCCCAUCUUUGUGGACUCGGCCUGCUGUCCCGUGCGCUACGAUUGCAGCAGCAAAACCUCCGGCAAAUCGUCGCAGGAGGUGCGCUAUCGCAAGACCUCCAACAAGCACUUCCAGCGCAUGUCGCAGCGCCUGCAGCGGAAUCGGGGCUGCACCGUCGGCUCGCAGUUCUAUGCGGAGGGGCAGAAGAUGCGCUCGGAUGCGGACAGGCCGUGCGACAUUUGCUUCUGCAUACGCGGCACACGACGCUGUGCGCCCAAAAAGUGUUCGCCGGCGCUCAAGAACUGCAUACCGGUGGUGCCCAAGGGCCAGUGUUGCCCCUCCAGCUACGACUGCGGCAGCCAGCGGGACUAUCGACGCUCGCACAACUCGCGCCAGUUCAAUCUCUACAACAUGCUCUUUGGCAAGGAGGAGCAGCAGAUGGAGGGCGAGGCGGAGGCGGUGCUGCCACCACAAAACUCCAUGGCCGAACGCUAUCCGCACGAUCGUCAUCCGACGCGGGCGCCGCCUGCGGGCGAUGCGCUGGCGGCGAGCAGCGAGAAGAGCAUCCUGGACACGCUGCGCGAGGGUCUCGAGUUCAUCGAUGGCAACAACAACCAGAUGCUGGCCAAUAACCUGGAUCUGGUGGGGCUGAGAACGACACCCGUCCCAGCCACGACACGCGAGGAGGCGCCCACGGCGCAGAUGAGCAGCACGACGACCACCCUGAGUUUCCUCGAUCUGCUGCUGGGUCCCAGCACGGAGUCGGUGCAGGUGCCAGAGUCGACCACCACAGCGAAGAACACGCUCUCCUGGAUGGACAUACUACUGGGUCCGGAUGAGGAGGAGCUGCCACCCAUCACCGAAUCGUACGCCGAGUCCAGCACUGACUACAGCAGCAGCAGCUCGACGGCGAUGAACAGCAUCAAACGGAUUGCCGACGACUUCGAUGAGCAGCUGGACAAUGGCGGCAUUGCGGUGGGUGAGCUGCCCGCGGAGGCGCAGCACAUGGGACUGGCCAAUGCGGGCAUCUGGCCGCGACCCAGCCAAGAGAUUGUGCCAGCGACCAAGGAGGAACCCAGCCUGUUGAAUGUCUUUAUGGACGGGCUAUCGGGCAUGCUGGAAGAAACAAAUAAUGACACCAGCAGCAGCAGCAGUACAACAACAACAACAACAACCACUGUGCGACCUGCGCCCAUGUUCCGUCCACUGCCGAGCCACAAGCUGACACACAAUCGGAUCAACUCCAAGCUGGCGAAUCUAACAGUGACACCGCCCAUGCUGGUGGUCACCAGCAAAUAUGGACAGCCAGUGACGCACAGGGUCAGCACAACAACAACAACAACAACAACAAAGCAGCCAGCAACAACAACAACAACAACAAAGAGAGCCACAACAACAGCGACAAUUAAAACCACAACAAAGCCAACGGCAACGACAACAGCCAAACCGAAGCACAAAACCACACGAAAGACAGUGACAGCAGCAGCCAAGGCGACAACGGCAGCAGACAGCAGCAGCAGCAGCAGCAGCACAACACCAAAAACAACAACAAGAAGCAGCAGCAACAAAUCGAAAUCAAAGCCCAAACCGAAGCCCAAGCCAUCGCACAUUAUAACGAGCACAUCGACACAGCCUUUGCUGAUCAAAACGAAUCCCACAAUUCUGGAAGCCGAACCACUGGACUCCACCGGGGAGCCCACGCUGCCGCCCAGUCUGCCCAAUCUGAAGAUUAUACCCUUCCUGCCCACGGAUGCUGUGGAAACGGUGCCCAAGGAGAGCCUCUACCCGAAUAAUGGCUACUAUCAGCAGCAGCAGCCCUCGCAGCUAGCCACCGAUAAAAUGGAUGUUGUGAGCUACGAUACAGCAGACGAUACAGUGGCGCUGUAUGCCCAGCCCAAGCCCGAUCAGGCGGCCUACAAGUACAAGUUCAAUGUGGAAGUGCCCGCCGUGGAGCCAGCGCCCGAGCCGGUGGUGCAUGUGGGUGGGCAGUAUCAGGGCAGUGCGGCAUAUGUCAAGUUUGAUUUCGAUGAGCAGGUGCUGGCGCCGGCACACAGCGGCUUCUCGCCACCCACAGAGACGGAGGGUGGCUUCAUGCCCAAGGAGCCGCUGGUCAUCGAUGGCGAAGUGUUGCAGGAGCAUGUCACCGCCGCCGACAGCUAUCACGCGGUCACGCAGCACAUCAUCGAUAUAACCACGGGGGAGGAUCAUGCCAACGAUACUUUAUCGAUAGAAAUUACCACGCCUGAUCCCUUUAAGGAUGUGAUUCACACAGAACCGCCGCCCAAUUUGGAUGCACUUAACGAGGAUAAAGCGAACAAGCAACCCCUGGAGGAGCACAUUGAGACUGUCACCUACAGCAUCAGCAACUCAACAGCAGCCUCGGCCAGCUCCACUUUAUCCUCUGGCUCUGGCUCCAUCAGCGCAGACUCUGCCUCUGCUGCAAGCACAACGGAAAAGCAAAUAACGCUCAUGGAUAAAUUCGAAAUCAAUAAAUUAGAUAAGCUCUUGGAUGAGCUGCUGGGCAUGGAACUGCCCAAGGCAGCAGCAGCAGCAGUUGUCAGCACUGUGCCGCCCUUUAAGCAGAUGCCAGACAAGAGUUCACAGCCAACAACAGACCCCACAACUCCCCCAACUACACGCCCAACUACACGCCCAACAACAGCCCCAACGACACCCCCAAGAACUCCCACAACAACAAGCAGUUCAACGUCCAGCACAACCGUAAGAGCAACGACAACACGUGGCACAAACAAAAAGGGCAACAGUAAAACGAAAACCAAACAAUCGACGGGCAACAGACGUAAUCCAGGGCCAAGUAGAACCAAAAUUCAAACGGCCACACGUCGAACUUUGGUCAACAAGACAACACGAGUGCCACCAGCAGCAACAACAGCGAGUGCAGCAACAACAACGAGUGCAGCAACAACAACGAGAGCUGCAGCAGCCACAGAGGAAUCCACAAUUGUGGCGGCAACCAGCACUAUGCAUCCAUUUCUAAACUCACCAUUCGACAAAUUACCGUUCAUGGACACCAGCUAUGAGGUGCGACCGCACAGACAGCAACCGCAGCAGCAGCAACAGCAGCAGCAGGUCGAGCCACCGGAGCAACAAUUCCACCAUUACCAGCAUGCACCAAGCACAACAACAACGCCAACGACAACAUCCACAACCGAGGAAGCUGCACGCUCCGCGGAGAGGCAGAGAGACAGGGAGAGGGACAGGGACAGUAGCAGCGAUGAGAGCAGCAACAGUGGCAACAGCAGCCCCAUGGAUCCCCUGGGCAGCAUGCUGAAACUGGCGGGCUGCAACAUUUAUGGCCGCAUGUAUCGCGUGGGGCGGAUUAUCGUCGAAUUAUCCAGCCAGUGUCUGGAGUGCAAGUGCACCGAAGUGGGGGUCAAGUGCGGCCCAUUAGACUGUUAAUUUACUAUGCAUCUUAAUCUAGAAUUUAGUUUAAAAGUUUUAAAGUUUUAAAAUGUUGCAAAGUCUUUACGACUUUCCCCUUAAGUGUUUAGCGGUUAAGUUUCAGCCUGUAAGAUUUAUGCUAAUCCAUAGCCUGUAACUAAUUAAGGGGUAGCAUAAGCCUAACUACUAAAUUGUAUUAUAAAAAUAUAUAUAAAUAUA